AUGCAGGCUACGCACUCCUCCUCCUCUUCGAACGCUUCCAUAGCGGUGAGGAUUUCCGAGCUCACGGACGAUACGAUCAAAUUUUCGCUUGUCAAUUCAUCGCUCAGGUAUUGUGGAUUUGUUGUGAUUUUCAGCUUUGCCAAUGCGCUUCGUCGUGUUCUUCUGGCGGAGGUGCCGACAAUUGCAAUCGAUACGGUGCUGUAUGAGUCCAACACCAGUGUUUUGAAUGACGAGUUCUUGGCCCACAGGUUGGGGCUGAUCCCGCUCACUUCGCACACACACGAAAAGUUCAAGUUUCCACGCGACUGCCAGUGUCCCGGGAGCUGUGUCGAGUGUUGUGUCGAACUGACGCUCAAUGUGCGCUGUUCCGAAGAUGCAGACAGACGGGAUGUCACGUCUCGCGAUUUGAUCUCCCAAAACCCAGACGUCGUUCCGAUCGGGGGAUUCGGAGACCGGACCUCCGGACCAAUCACGAUAGCCACACUUGCCCGGGGCCAAGAGAUCAGCCUUCGCGCCUUUGCCAGAAAGGAGCAUUCGAAAUGGUCGCCUGUUUCUGCGGUCGGAUUCGAAUAUGACCCCGACAACCAGCUGAAGCAUGCCACCCUGUGGAUUGAAGAGGAUGCCGAGAGCGAAUGUCGAAACCGUCGGCUCGCUCCAGCCCGAGGAGGUCAUCCGCAGCGCCAUAAAAACCAUUGUGUUGAAAUCGAUUUCCGUGCUGCUGCAGCUUGGCAUUUGAUUUUAUCGCCCAAUGCUAUCGAAGCGAAUUCUCAAGGUCAGGGUUUGCGUUUCAUUGUGCAGGAGUGUGAGCGGCUGCAAUCCGACCCUGUGCCCGGCAUAUCAGCUAUUCCGCAUGAAAACAAUGUGCGGCAAUUUGACGUGAUCAUCGAUGGACCCCUUCAAAGCCCAUAUGAAAGUUGUUCCUUUGCCCUUUCUCAAAUAGAUGGCGCGUUUUCAUUGGAGAUGUAUCUUCCCGAAGAGUAUCCAAUGUCGCCGCCCAAGGUCCGGUUUUUGACCCGGGUGUACCACCCGAACAUCGACCGGCUUGGCCGCAUCUGUCUUGACAUUCUGAAAGGUACGCGACCGCCCCAAUUACAGCGUCUAUUUUUAGACAAAUGGAGCCCUGCCUUGCAAAUUAGAACAGUUUUGCUAUCAAUCCAGGCGCUUUUGGCCUCGCCAAAUCCGGACGACCCGCUCGCCAACGACGUCGCUGCUGCAUGGAAGGCAAACGAGGAGACGGCCAUUGGGACAGCUCUUGUCGAUGUGUUGGUUUGCGUUGAUGUGCCGGUCCGUGUUCAUGUGUCAGCUCCUAUUUAUGUGUCAGCUCCUAUUCACGUGUCAGCUCCUAUUCAUGUAAGCCUCAAUGGCAACCGAAAAGGCGGCAAAUCCGGCACAGCCGAGUAG